UCGAUCUGUGGCUUUUUCAUAAGCUUCCCCCAGUUCCUGAAAAUGUAAAUGGGUUAUCAAUUGAGAUUCGUCAAUAAAAAAGACGUUAUUUGCUUAGCAACCGUCUCGAGGUGCAUGCAACAGAGUUGAAAAUCCACGUAUUCGCCUUGACGACCGCGUUGAGGUAAGAUGUACGAGAAAAUUCAGAAAGUUCCGAAUUCUGCUUUGGAACAUCUUCAGUGCGCUCUGUGCAAGAGGUACUUAUCGUGUAGUCCUUUAAGUGUAAUGACUGAUGGUGGGACUCGGUGCGGAAGAUGCUCCGGUGAAGAAGGGUGCAUUAGAGUUUUCGCGCUAGAGGUAAUUCUGGCCAGGUUUGCUUUUCCCUGCAUUUUCAAAGAGAGCGGAUGUAAGCAAACGGUGAUGUACAACGAGGCGAUACAGCAUGAAGCGAAGUGCGAUUUUCGUUCCCUCCUCUGCCCUUUCUCAUCGCACGACUGCAAUUGGAAGGAUUCAAGGGAGCAACUCCUUUCACACAUCACAGAAUCUCAUCACAACCGCAUCAAAAACUCCUCCAUCACUCUUGAACUCGGCCAAAACUCUUCCGACACGUUCGCGACAAUUAAGGAGAAAGCCCUAUUUAUCAUCGGUUUCGUAUACGAUUCUACAGAGAGCAUUCUGAGAUACGACGUGCGCUACUGUGCGAAUGAGGCUACGGACUCUAGCGUAAGGAUCCAACUGUUGAACUAUGUUGAUCGUGAUUGUAGCAUCAAUUUAAAAGCGACCAACUGCCACAACUUCGAUGAAACAUUCAGCGAACCCCAAAACGAUUCCACCCUCAACAUAAAUAAUUACCUCAGCAACUUAGAAAAUCCCCCCACCAUCGUCGUUAAUUUAUCUCUCACGCAAUCGCUCCCUUUGCCACAUAUCUCUGGAGGCGAUUUCCUAAACUCGUUAAAGUGUAGUGAGUGCUUCAACUAUCUCAUUCCGCCAAUAUUCGACUUGGACGAACAACUUAUCUGCGCAGACUGCGGAAGGACGAAUCCCAGAUGCGUUCCGUCCGAGAAUGAGGAUAUCAAACGACUUGUCGCCGAUGUCCACUACCCGUGCAGAUGGAGAGAAUGUGCCACGGUCGUAAAAAGCGACCAACUCAAACUGCACGAGCUGCACUGCGUUCAUCGCUCCUUUGACUGCUUCUUUCCAACUUGCCGCAAAGGCUUCCGAUUAGACUCGGCGAUCGACCACCUUCUCUCACAUCGCGCCAUCUUCAUGCCCAUUGGAAUCGAGUACACUCACAAAUUCGCGCACACCUACAACUUUAAGCACCUGUUCACCAUCAGAGAGGGCGUAAUCGUGGUGAUCCAACAUAGUAACGUUAAAUCGGAGGAGGCGAACUUGCACAGGGUCGCUCUGUUCUCGUCAAAUCCCACGCCGGUAACGGCCACCAUCGAUUUUGAGCAUUCGCACUGUAAAAUAAAGUCGAAGCUGUUUCUGCUCGUCAGCGACCAUAACACUGAAGUGAGUUUGGAUCAACUGCCACCAUGCUUUAAGGACAGUGACGAAUUGAAGGUUGCCCUUAACGUGGACGAGCUUGAAGAACCCAACUUUUAGAUUCUUAGUCUUUUAAAUGUA